AUGAUAGAGCAGUGGCGACCGGAGACACACACAUUUCAUCUACCCAUAGGAGAGGCUACCAUCACGCUUGAGGACGUGGAGGUUCUUUUCGGGCUGCCUGUCGAUGGAUUACUUGUAGCUUACCCGCAUGCUCUUAGAGACUAUAGUGCAGUAGAUUACCUGCAUAUGUUGCAGCGGCUCACCGAUUUCCAGCCAGCAGAGCGGACUGCAUUAAGUGGGGCCAGUCGAUUGCAGCUGACGCUCGUCUGGCACCAUUUGGCGGCGAUGGAUGCAGAGAUUAUGGAUGAUUCACUGCCGGAGGAUAUCGACCGGCACACGAGAUUGUUGCUACUGCUGAUGUUUGGUGGUGUACUGUUCCCGAACACUUCGGGAAACCUAGUCAGUUUGAGAAUUCUACAUCAUCUGGAGCGGCUAGAUGAUUUACAUGGUUACAGCUGGGGUGCAACUAUUCUAGGUUACCUGUAUAGGCAGAUGUGUCGGGCGUGCAUGGGCACCUAG